CUCCAGCAGGGAGCAAUAUAUAGGUAGGUGCAGAGCAUACCUGAGCACAGCUCAAACUGGAGUGUUACACUUGAACAGCACAACUUUGCUCCCAGCACAUUUUAAAACAGAACCUAUCAGGAUGAAGAGGAUGAUUAUUUUCUGCAUGCUUUUCUUCUGCUCCAGUAUGGUGCUGACUGCAGCUUCACCCAGAACAGCGAAAUACAAACAGAUUCUCAAAACAAUUGAGCAAUUAGAAACCAUGGUGAAAGAUAAGGAUGCUGAAUUCCUGCAUACACCAGAAAACACUGUGGAGGGAUGCCUGUACACAGCUGUGACCUGCUUCAAGAAGGGCAUCCAGAAAUUAAAACCAGUGAGCAGCCAGGAGAAUACAAAGUUCAAAAAAGCCAUUAGACUCAUGAACAAAUUCACCUACGGAGACCCUGGAGAGCAGUGUGAGUCUACAUGUGAAUCUUAUGAGAAGAAAACCCCGAAAGAGUUUUUGAGGGGCUUUGCAAACCUAAUGCAAAUGCUAUUCAAGAACUAA